UCUAAAUAUGGAAUAAAGAUAUGGGCUGCAUGUGAUGCCAGGACAAGUUAUGCCUGGAACCUGCUGACGGUGUUCCCGAAAGGAGCCAGGGGAAGCGGGUGGUCCUGGAAAUGACUGCAGGUCUCCAGUGGCACAGCAUAACAUGUGACAAUUUCUGCAAUUUCUGCUCUUGGUCAGGAGCUGCUCCAAAAAAAAUGACCAUGUUGGGGACUGUCAGAAGGUACAAGCCUGAGUUACCCACUGCUUUACUCACUACCAAGGACAGGGAUUGUUUUUCCUCUAAAUCUGCCUUCACCGAUACACAGAUUUGUGUGUCCUACUGCCCGAAGAAAAAGAAGAAUGUGCUCCUGAUGACAACUCUGCACAGCGAUGCCUCUGUGAGUAUCAGGGGGGACAGGAAGCCCAAAACUGUCCUGGAUUACAACAGGAACAAAGGGGGAGUUGACAACCUUGAUGAGGUGACUGGCACAUACUCUUGUAAGAGGAUGACAGCACGUUGGCACAUGGUGUUCUUCAAUAUCCUAGAUGUGUCGGCCUACAAGGCGUUUGUGGUGUGGAUGGAGGUGAUUUCAGGCUGGAAGCAGGGGAAAUUCUUCAAGAGGAGACUAUUCCUAGAAGAGUUGGGGAAAGCCAUGGUGGCACCCCUCAUUCAAAGGCACAAACACCUUCCUCUAAAACCAUCCUCUGCUGGAUUGGUGAGAGAUAUACAAGGGAGCAAGAUCUACGGCCGCCAGAGACAGAAGAGACAAAAGGAAGAGGUGCAAUCUGUGUGCACCAAGGGAUGUCAAAACGAGCAUUAUGUACCAUAAAUGUACAUGCAGCAACCACCACGUAUUGUACAACAUGUGCAUGAGAACCCAAAAAAUGUAACCACCAUUGAUUGACAGAUUGUGAACGUUUUCAUGUUUUUGUUAUUGUUGGUAAUACUGUUAUUGUUACUGUUGUUAUUUAAUGUGUUCAGACAUUCAUUUUAUAAUAUGGUAAAGUUUUCAUAUGUUGUUUUGGAAAUGUCCUUUCUUUACUAAUAAAAUCAUACCGGUCAGUUUUGACCGGGAACACAACAGAUGUUAUUUUGUGCGACUUUUAAAAAAAAUGAACUGGUUUCAAAACAAAUGUUCUUGUUAAACAUUGACACAAGUAGUCUGUGAUAAAUAGCACAAUAUGUUUCAUCUGCAUAUUUGUUAUAGUCAAAAUAAUCCAUACAUUAUG